GCGGCAACCUACCACUGGGCAGGGGCCUCAGGCAACAGGCGGCAACCUACCACUGGGCAGGGGCCUCGGGCAACAGGGGCCUUGGGCAACAGGCGGCAAUCUACCACUGGGCAGGGGCCUCGGGCAACAGGCGGCAACCUACCACUGGGCAGGGGCCUCGGGCAACAGGCGGCAACCUACCCCUGGGCAGGGGCCUCGGGCAACAGGCGGCAACCUACCACUGGGCAGGGGCUCGGGCAAAAGGCGGCAACCUACCACUGGGCAGGGGCACCACAGGUAGCUAUACUCCGGGCA